AUGACCCCCUCAAGGGGAGCACAAAUCACUGCUGCGAUGGCAACUCCAAUGACGGACCACAUUUCUGAGCGGAUAUGGCUGGAUGAGCAAGGCAAGGAAGAGGUGGCUGGAACAUUCCAGGGUAUGGACGCGCAAGCAAACUUGACAGGGGGAAGUAGCGCACCCCCUUCGAGGGAAGUACUGGAUGACAAACCAGGAAUCGUUGCAUUGGUCACUGAUGCCAUACCAGGCAACUUCAUGGACAUUGCUAGCCCGGAGGCACUACCAGACGUACCUAACACAUCAAUAUUCACGCGAGCCACCAAUCCAUUCAAACCAGAGUGUGUUGCGGCAAUUCUGAAGCUGGUCAAGACUGGACCAGAUCUUAUCAGAGGUGUUCCCGGUGGAGGGCGCAACUUACGCACCAAAGAUCCCGCCUGA